AUGAAUGGGACUUUAUUUAACCAAACACUCGUGGAAGAAGGGGUGUAUUCCAACCGAUCCCAAGACCUGGGCACUUUGAUUGGCUGCUGCAAUGGGACAGGGAUGGUGGUAGCCAGUGAUGGAGGGGCAACAGUCCUGCUCCCAGAUGAAAGGAACCUCUUCAUCACCCGAGUGGUCCAGAUUGCCGUUCUCUGUGUCCUUUCAUUGACUGUGGUCUUUGGGGUCUUCUUCUUGGGCUGUAAUUUGCUCAUCAAAUCAGAGAGCAUGAUCAACUUUUUGGUCAAAGAUCGGCGGCCGUCCAAAGACGUUGGCAUUGCAAUCAUGGGGCUGUACUGA